UGCACACACUUUACACCGGUAAACUAUAGGUAGGACAUUAAAGGCGGAAAUGUCGAAAAUUACCCACCAGAUUAACAGAGGAUUGGCUCAUGAAAUCGUAAAGCAGAUAGAUAAUUUUUUGUUUGAUUGUGACGGUGUACUUUGGCAUGGGGCUCAAGUCAUACCAGGGACUGCUGAGGCUGUGCAAAAGUUAAAGAAGUUGGGUAAGAGAAUAUUUUAUCUGACAAACAACAGCAGUAAAACUAGAGCCCAGAUAGUUGAAAAAUGUCACAAGCUAGGAUUCCCAGCUGAACUGGACAACAUUGUUGGUACAGCACAUGCCUCAGCCCUGUAUCUGAAGACCAUGGGAUUCUCUGGAAAAGUGUAUAUGGUAGGAAAUGCUAGUAUGGCGGCUGAGAUGGACAAUCUUGGAAUAAAGUACACAGGUCUUGGGCCUGAUCAUGUGCCAGAUGACUAUGAAAAGCUAGAUGAUAUCGUCAAAUUUCAGUCAGACUGGAAGCCGGAUCCAGAGGUGAAUUGUGUUUUGGUUGGUUUUGAUCCCCACCACAGCUACAUGAAAAUGAUGAAAGCAGCCACUUAUGCCAAAAAUAGGAAUAAUCUAUUUUUAGCCACAAAUGAAGAUCCGUUUCUUCCAACAAAGUUAGACAUCUGUAUACCAGGAACUGGAAGCAUAGUGUCAUCCAUUAAGAUACCUACGCGCAGGGAACCACAUGUGAUAGGGAAACCAGAGACAGCCUUCUUUGAUCUCUUGCACGAGGUACAUGGGUUAGAAGCUGGAUCCACCUUAAUGGUGGGAGAUAGCUUAAAUACAGAUAUACAUAUGGCUGUGAACUGUGAUAUUAAAUCUGUUUUAGUACUAACAGGUGCAGAUGGACUUCAACAGGUUGAGGAACGUCAGCAUUCAGACGACCCAGUCAAGCGGAAAGUAGUGCCGGAUUAUUACAUCGAUUCUUUUGGUCACUUUGGUCAACUUAUAGGUGAUCUUCCUGAGGUUCAAUGUUCUAAAUAGUCAAAAUAGAUUUAUAGGAGCUGAUAAAAAAUUAUACAAUAUUAUAAUGAUGUAUAGAUUAUAUCACAAAAUAUUUUGGGUGAGCAAAUUUCAGAUAUUUUCAUCAGUAGUACCUUUUCUGACAUUCUUAACUAUAUAAAAGUCAUGUGUAAAUUUAAAACCAAAUUUAACUUUAAAAAACAUGCGAACUGCUUUGUUAGUUUUAUCCAUGUUUAUCAAAAUGGUGCAAUGGUUAUUUGGAAUUAACUGUGAUAACUGUAUUAUAAUGUUAUAGAAAGCUCUUACAUAAUUAUGGCAGUACCAAAUAUUUUUAUUCAUUUAUCAGGAUUUAAUUUGUGUUUCAAAGAUAUACAAGGCUCAUCUUUUAACCAUAAUUCUGCUAUAUUUCUAUAACAAACUUGUCCAUCUUCCAAUUAAGACAGUACCAUUAACUGUUAAAAGGGGUGCUUACCAAAAAUAAUCUGACUGAAUAGUGAACAGUGCAGAUCAUGAUCAGAUUGCACAGAUGUGCAGGCUGAUCAUGAUUUACACUGGUCGCAAAAGGCAGAACCAAUUGUGUUCAGCAUGAUAAGGGUUAAAUCUAGAAAAAUAUGUAUCCAUUGUAUUUUUCUUGCACACCCUAGUAUGUAUUUUUCUUGCCCACCCUAGUAUGUAUUUUUCUUGCCCACCGCACUAGGGUUUCUAGUGACUUUACCCAUGCUGUCAAAACUCUUGACACUAUCUAUGCCAGAUGAUUCUCGUGCUGUUGGCAACACUAAAGGAUUCAUGCACUAAUUAUAUAAAGUUAAUGUAAAAUUUUAGAAAAUCACCUUGAUAGUAUAAAUCCCACACAAUAUCUCAAACGAUAACAUGUUUGAUAAUUAUGAUUUUUUUUGUAAUUAAAAUGGUUCAAUACAGAUAUUUUUGUAAACAUUACAGUGUGAACUUAACUUCUAUCUGACAUUGACGUUUUUGUGUUCAACAGUGAUUGAGAACCAGAACAAUCAAACAACAAUAUAAACAUGUUGCUGUUCAAAUUAUCGUGCACGAGUAAUAACUGUAGCUACUUCUGUUUAUUUCUUUAGGCCUAAAAAAAAAAAAUUAUUUGUUUCCGGUAACAUGCUAAAAAAAAUUAGGGUAGGUAGGUCGGAAUUUUUUUUUUUUUUGGAAUUUUUUUUUAUUAAGGGAGACUUUUCGGAAAUUAUUUUUUUGUCAAAAAAUGAUUACAAUUAAGGGGUUAUGCCUUUAGAGCACCAGUAAGUUGAUUUCUAACAUCACUGGCCAUGUUUAAAGCAUAAAAAGUGCAGUUUUGCAUCUUUUUGUUAAAAAGUUGAAAAAAAUAUUCUCCAAGGUCAUAAAAACAUUUAGGGUCAGGCCAAAAAUUUAGGGUAGGUCGGGAUACCGGAAACAAACAAUUUUUUUUUUUACGCCUUAUUUAAAAAAUGUUAUGCAACAUGUAAUAUAACUAAACUAGCACUUUGUUGUUGUAAGUCUUUGAAAGAUCAUGUAAUAUUGUUGUUGUAAGUCUUUGUAAGAUCAAGUAAUAUUGUUAUUGUAAGUCUUUGUAAGAUCAUGUAAUUUUGUUGUAAGUCUUUGAAAGAUCAUGUAAUCAUUUCGUUUUCAGCCGUUAUUUUCCUGCUCUUUGAAUUUGCUGCUGCAAGAAAGGGAGCAAUAAAGAAAGUAUUUUGUUGUGCUUUAUUUCAUAAUUUGUAAAAUACGAUAUUAAAGAAAAAUAAUCCACAGCUGAUUGCAGAAGCUGAUGGGAAUAUCCGGCUCUCGGGCAACUGUCUUGGCAGCGACUUGCCAUGAAAACUGUUACCCCAAAAACAGGAUGUUCUCGUCGGCAUCAGAUUGUUUUAUACUUGAUAUAAAGGAUGCAAUUUAUUCAUUUUGUUUGGGUUUAUGUCGCACCAGCACAAGUAUAGGCUAUAUGGGGACUUCCAGCUUUGAUGGUGGAGGAAGACCUCAGGUGUCCCUCUGUGCAUUAUUUCAUCAGGAGAACCACAGACCUUCUGUAAGCCAGCUGGAUGACUUCCUCACAUGAAGAAAUCAAUGCCCCGAGUCGAGCUUUAACCAAAGUAUGCAAGCACAACUAAAUUUGAUAUUAGUAACAGAAACUUCAAUUGUUUUUAGUGAUUCUAUACAUUCAUACUGUGUUCACUUACACAUUUAUUAAUGUGUUGAAUUCAAAUCUUACACAGUAAGACUAAUUAUACAUACAGGCAUAUUUAUUUUAUUAUUAUAUGUUUUUAUACAUUCAAAUAUGGGCAUAAUGUAACUUUAUGGAGUUGUGUAAAGUAUUAUAGUGUUUAUAUUACUAGACAAAAAAAAAAGAUUUGAUGUACAGAAAUGUGCAAGUUUAUCUUUGAUUGACAAAUGGAAAUAAUAAAAUGAAAUCACUAGGAAUUUAGUACAUUUUAUGUUCAAGUGGUUGUAAUACUCACUGUUAUAGAAAAAAUAACUUAUUGGAAUACCAUCAUAAUAAAAUGGAUUGA